UUCUGCCUCUCGCGCCGGCCGCCCUCGGGCAUGGCGACUGCAGGCAGCGAGGCGAGCCGCAGGGACUCCGGGAGACCCUGCCCUUUCUCCAUCGAGCACAUCCUCUCCAGCUUGCCGGAGCGCAGGCCCGCUGCGCGGCCACCGCAGCCGGUUGGUGGUAGGAACCCCGCCGAGCCAGACGAACCCGUGGCGCCCGUCCCCGCUGCACCCUGCGCCUGCUGCUGCUGCUGCAACCCGCGCGCUGCGCCCCGCGGAACCCCGGAGACGGUGUCCGGGCCGGGCUUGCGGUUAGCGUGGCCGCUGGGGCUGGCGCCGGUGUCGCCCUCCCCCUUGACGGCGCGGAGCGCAGGCUCCCCGGCGCUGACUGGCACGAGCGGCCCCGGGCCGCAGCGGCGCACGCGGCGCCACCGCACCAUCUUCAGCGAGGAGCAGCUGCAGGCGCUCGAGGCGCUCUUCGUACAGAACCAGUAUCCCGACGUGGGCACGCGCGAACGCUUGGCGGUCCGCAUCCGCCUGCGGGAGGAGCGCGUGGAGGUCUGGUUCAAGAACCGCCGGGCCAAGUGGCGACACCAAAAGCGUGCUUCGUCAUCAAGGCUCCUGCCUGGGACUAAGAAACCUCACAAGGAGAGUUGUUGAUGGUGUCUAGUUCUUCUGGCUUUGGCGGUGAAGUGGAGCACAAGGAAGUAGGAGGGGGACCGACCUACUUGAACAGGAACUGAAGCUGCCAGUGCUGGGAGACAGUGGAUCCAAAGCCUUCUCACCUAUGAAGGGAGGGCAUGUGGGGCAGGAAGCAGAGACCUUCUGCAGGUAAAGUGCAGACACAGAACAGGUGACUUCUCAGCCGCCAUCAGCACCUAGAGAAACCCUAGUUCCACGAAGGAUGCAGAGCAGUCCUCCCCACCUCACACCUGUCCUCAAAACUCCCUCUUCUCUGCCCUUCCACCUUCUUAUGCAAGGCAGUGCUGUCUGUUCAGUCCUGGGCUUACUCUGUCCUCAAAGGCUCUGCACUGGGCCCUGGUGUCAGGACCUGUGGAAGAAGAAGGUUAUAGCUGGUCAUUUCCAGAUCCCUGCAUCUGCACCUUCUGCUUCUGCAGCCUUGAGCUGAUGCCAAGAAAAAAACAAGAUCUACAAAGACCA